ACACGUGACCAGAUGUGGUCCAUGAUGCUGAAGCGUCGUUAGGAGCUGAUGUUUUCUCAUCGAUAACGAAAGAUGCGGCGCCUGGGCUCCGUGCAGCAGAAGAUACCGUGUGUGUUUGUGACGGAGGUGAAGGAAGAACCUUCCAGAAAACGUGAGAGUCAGCAAUUUCGGGUAGUUGCUACUGAACAAGUGAACCCCGUUGCUCUGGAGGCUGACAUUGAUUGUGCACUUGCCACAGAAAAACUGGACGGUACCUGCUGCUAUGUUACACUCUACAAAGGGCAGCCUUACCUCUGGGCUCGACUGGACAGGAAACCCAACAAACAAGCAGAGAAGAGAUUCAAGAAGAACCAGCACUCUCACACCGCCAAAGGUUUCACGUGGAACGUAGAGGAGGAUUUUAGGAUGGUGCCAGAGACGUGGAUCCCAGCUCACCGGGUCAAACAUCACAACGGCUAUCCAGUGCCUGAUGACCUCGGACACAUUCCAGGCUGGGUACCAGUGGAGAAGGACAACAAGCAGUACUGUUGGCACUCGUCUGUGCUGGAUUAUGAAGUCGGGGUGGCUCUUGUUCUCAGGCCCAAGGCUAACGACGAAGAUAUGUUAGAAAUUGUAGAAGUCCUGCUGGCUGACCUCAUGGAACAAACCCUGGAACUCAUUGGAACCAACGUGAAUGGGAACCCUUAUGGACUGGGGAGUAAAAAGCAGCCCGUCCACUUCCUGGUGUCACACGGGAGUGUUAAAUUCAGAACGCCUCCACCGGUGGACUUCCAGCAGCUGCUCACCUGGUUCCACGAGUGUCCGGAGAGCCGAGUUGAGGGCAUCGUGUGGCACUGCAGCGACGGCACUCUCCUUAAGGUUCAUCGUCAUCACCUGGGACUGAGGUGGCCAGACGGGGAGUCGUGCUUUGGGAACAGGCCGGUGGGAGUUCACAUGGACGGGACAGUGGAGGACAACAGGAGAGACUUGUUUGCCUCUUUCUCUGCCCUGAAUGGAUGCAGCUUCAGCCGACUUCAGGACGUCCACUUUGACCCAUGAACCCUCAGGCUGAGAUGAUGAAAUGUUCCCUCUCCUAAAGCUGCUGUGAUCCUGUUAGGAUUUAUCAGCUUGCCGAUCGCUGCCUGAUAGUUUGACCUGUAGGUAGCGAUCAGUAAUUUAACAUGAACUAUUUUAGGUUAUUUUCACGUGAGAACCGUGAGGUACACCAUGGCUGAACAAGGCUUAUUUUGUGUCAGGGCCCAGCCACACAUAUGUAAAUACUUCACAGGUGAACCUUCGCCUUCCGUUCACUCGGUUUGAGCGAGUGUGGGGGGGGGGAGAUAUAAGAUAAGCUGCCUGUGUCGAGGCAACAGCAACAUUCCUGCGCAUCGAGUUCAAAAUGGGUGAACUUUGACCUGCGAUAUUCCAUUCACAUUUGCAUGUGUGUGACCCGGGCCUCAACCAAAAUUAGCUGACAGUGUUAAUCUACGUUUCCAUAGAGGCCAGGCUCACUGACACGAACAUGGAGUUAGAUCAAACCUGUAGCGCCAAACAGGAACAGUAUCUCUUCAUGGAUCACUACGUUUGAUCAUUUCUGCUCAGUGCUGCAAAUACAUAUACUUUUUUUCAAUCAUCUCAGAGCACAGCUCGAAUUGACUUUCAACUGGCUUGGAACUUUUUAAUCCUGCAUAAGCAUUUUUGUGUGAAUAUGCUUCCAGUAUAUAUAAAAGAAAUUAUAAAAAAAAGACUGACAAACUGAUCAUUUUUAGCUAGAAGCUUAAAUGUUCCAUCUAUAUACAAUCAAUUAUUUGUCAAGGUUCAAUUUCAAUGCUAAGUGAAGAUCAUCUGAGCAUUUAAACAAUCUGAUAAGUAUCAAAACUGCUUUAUUCACAAAGGACAUUUACAUUGAAGUUCAAUAUGUCAGAACUGUACAGUAUACAAAUCUAAUAAAUAUGCUACUACACCAGCCAGAGAACUAGUACAAUAACAUAGAAGGCUGCCUAAUGGAAGAGGGUGGGGGAGCUGUGUCAUAUUAAAGGUCAAACUUAA